CGGGGCCCACUCGGGCCCACCCGUACGCAGGCCGCGUGCGCCUGGCACUAGCAUCCUCUCGGCUGGAAAAGGAAGCGGCGGCCAUCUCAGAACGGCGGAGGCGGCCUGAGGCUCGCCAUUCGCCGAGGCAUCCGCGGGCGGGAGGCCGCAGUCUAGACCCCGGACGCGCGCCUUGCCAACGGUCCGCCGCUCGUGCCGCUUCCACGGAGAGGUCGAGGAGUAGGGGCCGGCGUGGAUUGGUUCGCGGCGCCUCGGCCCGCCCCUCGGUGGCGCCCAUUGGUUGGGCCGGCACCCCCUGACGGCGAGGACGCUCCGCCUUCGUGCCGGCCUUCAAGAGGGCGACGAGGAAGCGGCCACCUCCCUGUGCCCCGCCCCUCCGGCUAGCUCUGUGGCUUCUGCCGCUCCUCCCGGCUGCUCCCGGCUCCUCUCUGCCCUCUCCCGGCUUCCUGCGGCUCCGGCUUGGGCUCGGCGGCGGCGGCGGGCAGUCACAGUGGUACAGAAUGGCUGACCUCAGUCUUGUGGAUGCAUUGACAGAACCACCUCCAGAAAUUGAAGGAGAGAUAAAGCGAGACUUCAUGGCCACGCUGGAGGCAGAGCCCUAUGAUGACAUUGUGGGAGAAACUGUGGAGAAAACUGAGUUUAUUCCUCUCCUGGAUGGUGAUGAGAAAACUGGGAACUCAGAGUCCAAAAAGAAACCAUGCGUAGACACUAGCCAGGUUGAAGAUAUCCCAUCUUCUAAACCAACACUCCUAGCCAAUGGUGAUCAUGGAAUGGAGGGGAAUAAAAAUACCGGGUCUCCAACUGACUUCCUCAGAGAGAAGGUGGACCAUCAGGAUUAUCACAACAGCCAGAACUGGCCAGAAGAUGCAAGCUUUUGUUUCCAGCCUCAGCAAGUGUUAGAGACUAACCAGGCUGAUCCCUAUAACGUGCACCAUGAUGAUGGUCUGGCAGAUCUGCUCUUUGUUUCCAGUGGGCCCACAAGUGCUUCUGCAUUUAUAGAGCAAAAAAACCCUUCAGAAGACAGUUAUGGUAUGCUUCCCUGUGACUCAUUUGCUUCCACGGCUGUUGUAUCUCAGGAGUGUUCUGUAGGAGCCCCAAACUCUCCACACUCAGAGUCCUGGGUUUCCCAAGAGGUUACUGUAGAAGCUCUACAGCCAGCAACAGAGCUAUCCAAGGCAGUAGAAGUGGAAUCAGUAAAAGAGCAGCUGCCAGCUAAAGCAUUGGAAAUGAUGGCAGAACAGACCACUGAUGUGGUGCCAUCCAAAGAAACAGAGGAAUCUCUAUCCACAGACAGAACACCAGGCCCAGAUACAGAGGUAACGUGGGCUAAAGACAUAGAGGAGAUCACCAACCCAGAUGUGAUAUUGGCAAAUGUCACGCAGCCAUCUACUGAAUCAGAUAUGCUCCUGGCCCAGGACAUGGAACUACCCAUAAGACCAGAGGCAGCCCAUGUUAAAGAUACCAUAUUGCCUACAGAACCAGAUGUAUCUUCAGCCAAGAAUAUGGCACCACCUAUGGAAGAAGAAAUUGUCCCAGACAAGGAUAUGACAUUCCCCAAAGAAACAGAGACAGCAGUUCCAAUAAAAAUGGACUUAGUACCACCUGAGGAUAUGGAAGUUCCCAAAGAAACAGAGCUAGCCCCAGCCAAGGACUUGGUUUCACUCUCAGAAAUAGAAGUGGCCCUGGCAAAGGAUGAUGAGUCCUCUACAGAAAUACCCGUGACUCAGGAGAUGGUCUUGUCCUCAGAAACAGAGGUGGUCCUGGCAACGGGGGUGACACUGCCCUCAGAUCCCACAAUGAUGCUGAAAAAGGAUAUGCCACUCCCCUUAGAAGCAGAGGGACCCCCAGUGACGGACAUAACUCCAUCUCCAGACAUGACUCCAUCUUUGGAAACAGAAAUGACCCUGGGCAAGGAGACAGCUCUACCCACAGAAACAAAUUUGGGCAUGGUCAAAGACAUGGCUCCACUCCCAGAAUCAGAAGUGGCUCUGGGCAAGGACGUGGUUGCACUUGCAGAAACAAAGGUGACUGAGUUUAACAGUGUGACCCCACUUUCAGAAGAAGAGGUAGCCUCAAUCAAGGACACAUCUCUGUCUCCAGAAACGGAGGCUCCCCCAGCUCAGCAUGCUGAUCCGCACUCAGGAACACAGUUGACUGUGGACAACAGCAUGGCUCCAGCCUCAGAUCUUGCCCUACCCUUGGAAACAAAAGUAGCAACAGUUCAAAUUAAAGACAAAGAAACUGUACAGACCGAAGAAGAACUACAGGAAGACUCCCAUUUGGAAUCUGUGCAGCACAAGGGACAGUCAGCAGUACCUCUUUCCACGGCUUCACCAGAACCAGUCAAAGCUGCAGACCAAAAGUCUCCCUUGCCAAUAGAUGAAGGUUCUGCAUUAGAGAAGUUAGAGCAGGAGACAUCUGGCCGCCAGCCUUCUGAGCUUUGCUCAGGUUUCCCUUCCUCACAAGGUAAACACGUUUGCAGAACAAGUGACCGCAGGUCAGCCCGGUCUAAGCCUGCCAGGGUCUCUCCUGAGCUGUUGGAAGGUUCUCCUCCAUGGAAGAUUCUUGAUCCCAGGCUGGGCCCCUGCCCAUUUUCUGAGUUGGGUUGGGUCUCUGGUUCAUCUUCCGGUGGUGAGCACGGGAACCAAAGAAAAGUUAUUCAUGCUGAAUUCCUACCCCAGAGAGAUCAUGGCAGGGAAGCCAGGGAUACAGAGAACAUGCCAAUGAUGAUGAAGAAAAAGAAGAAAAAACCAAAGCAGAAAAGAUAUCCUCAGUCCCGAGCUGGGGGACCUUGGGAUAACAAUACUACAGAUGAGCGCCAAGAUCAUCCUGCUGCUCAUGGGCCCCUGAAGUCAGGUGUGGGCCCCACAGAAUGUGGACUUGUAUCCAGAGAAGUCUGGAAGCAUGACUCUGCAGAGAGUCGUGAGGUCACUUCAUGUCCAGAUCAGCCUCCAGAAACCCUGGUAAAAGCUCAGCUCAAGCCGAGAGUGGAAGCCGACCACAGAGAUAAAAGCCUACUAUCAGAGAACCAAGGCAAGAGCUUGCUGCAGGAAGAGGGAGAGAGAGCCCCAGCUAUAUCACACCCGAAUCCUUUAGUGCAUACAGGCAGGGAAGUGAGUCCAGCUAUAUCACACCCGAAUCCUUUAGUGCAUACAGGCAGGGAAGUGAGUCCAUCUAGUUUGAAAGGAACCCCAGUUGACAGCACUGCACUCAGUGUGACAGCUCCUCGAGGGGGUUGUUCCCCUUUAUUGGGCCAAGAAAUUAUGAAUAGAGUUCCAAAACCCACAACAGAUAAAGUGCUGCCAAGUCUGACCCUCGCUUUAUCAGCAGACAGUCUGAAGGAAGAGAGUGGUAGAAGUAGGGCACCUGCACUGCAGGUGUGUCCUAAUGCAGUCCGGGAUGUUAAAGAGCUGAGACCAGACACAGCCUCCGAGCAAAGACUAGGACCCAGCCUGCUUGCUUCCAAGGAGCUGAGAGACCAAGAAUUAGUUCAAGCUCCUGGGCCAGAGAGUGAGCUGUUGAAGAAAAUGACAAGUGAUGCCAAAAGCAGGAAGGGAAGGGGUCCUGGGAAAGUCAGAGCAGGCUCAGGGAAGUCAGGAUCUAAAGCCGAGGUGCCAUUCCUCCUGAACAGCAACAGGGAGGGGAGCGCUGUGCCUCUGCCAAAUGAGCCAGUCCCGGAACCUGGGGUAGUGAGUAUUAAGGGUCCCGGAAGAGGGCUAUGCUUGGAGUCUUCAGAGCAACCAGGGGCCAUUACUGACCUCACUGAGGCCGCGCCAAGGGUGGCUGAUGGUGGUGUAGGAGGCACCAUGCAGCCAUUAAUGCCUUUGGAAAGUGGGUCAAGUUUGACUCAGACUUUGGAUGCUAGGACAGAAAGAAGAGCUGAGGUUAAAAAUACGGGUAUCAGUAACCAGAGCAAGGAAGGGAAGUGCCCUUGGGUGGAUCGUGAGUCAACUCCCUGCAUUUCUGAGAAGACUAAAAAGAGAGGCAAUGAAGGCAGGAAGAGAGAGUUUAAAAAUAGUUACCCUGUACAGCCUAGCCGAGUGGAGGGCAGGGAGGAGAUCAUCUGCCCACCUUGUGUAGAGAAGCACAGUGAUGAUGGUAAUGUUCCCCAUAAAAACAGUGAACUAGGGCAGGUUUCCCCGAAAACAUAUGCAUCAGGUACAGCCACAGAAGUUGCUGACCCCAAGAGUGAGAAGGUUGAGUCGAAUUCUGUUCAACUUGGGGAUCUUUUAGGGAAUAAAACAAACUCAGCCCAAAGUUCUGCUGUUACUACUGACCCAGCUGCCAAGGUGACAUAUGUGAGCUCCCCAGACGCAAUCCAGGGGGCAGGAUUUGUUCCCUCAGUAGGAACUGAGGAAAACAAGACCUAUGUAGCCAAGGGACAGGCUGCAGUGCCAGGGAAACCUAACAAAAGGGGCAAUGAUGGGAAAUGCAGAAGGGUUCAGAGCAGCAUUCCUGAGAUUAAGACCGAUACAACAAAUCCCACGGAAACCACAGGAGACUGCAGAAUUGAGGGAGUUGGAUAUGUGGAUGAAAAUAGAAAUAUUACAUUUACCUCUGAGAGAGCACCGUUGGGUCUGAUGAGUAAGUCAGCUCCUCUAGAGGCUAUGGGAUCAGCAGGCUGUGACAUGCUGCCCUGCCCUUCUCCUCAAAUAGGAAAGGAAGAUAAUUCCUUCCCAGAUAAUUCCAGAAAAAGUGAGCAAGAAAAUAAUAAUUUCAAAAAUUUCACACAAGAUAAGUGUAGCAGAGAUGGACUCCCAGGUCAAAAAAGGCCCAAGACUUGCCCUGCUGCUGUGCCCUCUACUGGUACAGAAGGAGUUGCUGGGACUUCUACAGAAGCCCAAGAGAAGGUUAGCAGUCUCGGAGAUCACUCUCUUAAGAAUGAAGGUGGGCUUACUGAUUACAGGGAAAAUGAAAUAGGGAUAACCCCCGAAAGGCAUGCGGUAGGGAGACCUGAGUCAGAGCAGCACAGGUCCUCUGCGCAUUCAGCCCAGCAUGCCACAGAGCCCUCCAAAGGGCACCUCCUUCCUGGUGUGCUCACAGAAAGACCGCUCCUUUCAGGAGAAGUCAGAGUCCUAGGCGCACAUGCAGACAGUGGAGAUCUGCCUCUGGGGAAGGAAGAGAAGAGAGCUGAGAAAGACUCGACCCCAGUUAGAAACCCUGACCCUCUUAGAGAGAAAACACAGGAAUUCAGUUUGUCUGACGACCAAAAUGAGAAAGAGAGAGAUUCCAAGGACCUAGAGAGUUUGGAUAAGAAGAUAGAUAACACACUUUUGUCUCCAGAAAAUGAAAAGGAUAAAUUAAAAGAAACUAGUCUGUCAUGUGAAGUCACAAAAUUGGAAUGCAUUGCCAUGUCAACAACAGAACUUCAGUCUGAUUUCUCGUGUGACAGUGUUGAGGGGGAACGUAAAGUAGUGGUGGCUGCUUACAAGGAUCCUCAAGUCCCAGAAUUCAAAGGUAAUGGGGUCGAAGCUCCUCAGAAGAUGACAGGCAUGUCAGAACUGAAGGUACUGGGUGAAAGGAAGAAGGAAGAUAAAGGCAGAAUGGCAGAGCCAUUGAAAGGCUACAUGAGACCCACCAAGUCUCGAGGACUCACUCCACGUCUGCCGAAGUCUGCAAGUCAGGAGAGAGAGAGAUCCAAGCUGCUCACGUCCAGUGGAGUGUCCCAGCAAGAAGAAGGAAAGACUGCUGUCAGUGUGCCUGGAAAUGACAUCACUACCCCACCAAACAAGGAGCUGCCACCGAGCCCAGAAAAGAAAGCAAAGCCUUUGGCCACCACUCAACCUGCAAAGACUUCAACAUCGAAAGCCAAAACACAGCCCACUUCUCUCCCUAAGCAGCCGGCGCCCACCACCUCUGGUGGGUUGAAUAAAAAACCCAUGAGCCUCGCUUCAGGCUCAGUGCCAGCUGCCCCACACAAACGCCCUGCUGCUGUCACUGCUACUGCCAGGCCUUCCACCCUACCUGCAAGAGACGUGAAGCCAAAGCCACUUACAGAAGCUAAGGUUGCUGAAAAGCGGACCUCACCAUCCAAGCCUUCAUCUGCCCCAGCCCUCAGACCUGGACCUAAAACCACCCCAACCAUUUCAAAAGCCACAUCUCCCUCGACUCUUGUUUCCACUGGACCAAGUAGUAGAAGUCCAGCUACAGCUCUGCCCAAGAGGCCCAGCCCCACCAAGACUGAGGGAAAACCUGCUGAUGUCAAAAGGAUGACUGCUAAGUCUGCCACAGCCGACUUGAGUCGCUCAAAGACCACCUCUGCCAGUUCUGUGAAGAGAAACACCACUCCCACUGGGGCAACAUCCCCAGCAGGGAUGACUUCAAGUCGAGUCAAGCCCAUGUCUGCACCUUGCCGGUCUUCUGGGGCUUUAUCUGUGGACAAGAAGCCCACCUCCACUAAGCCUAGCUCCUCUGCUCCCAGGGUGAGCCGCCUGGCCACGACUGUUUCUGCCCCUGAUCUGAAGAGUGUUCGCUCCAAGGUCGGCUCUACAGAGAACAUCAAGCACCAGCCGGGAGGAGGCCGGGCCAAAGUAGAGAAAAAAACAGAGGCAGCUACCACAGCUGGAAGGCCUGAACCUAAUGCAGUCACUAAAUCGGCCAGCUCCAUUGCCAGUGCACAGAGACCGCCUGCUGGGAAAGUCCAGAUAGUCUCCAAAAAAGUGAGCUACAGCCAUAUUCAAUCCAAGUGUGGUUCCAAGGACAAUAUUAAGCAUGUCCCUGGAGGUGGCAAUGUUCAGAUUCAGAACAAGAAAGUGGACAUAUCCAAGGUCUCCUCCAAGUGUGGGUCCAAAGCUAAUAUCAAGCACAAGCCUGGUGGAGGAGAUGUGAAGAUUGAAAGUCAGAAGUUGAACUUCAAGGAGAAGGCCCAAGCCAAAGUGGGAUCCCUUGAUAACGUGGGCCACUUGCCUGCAGGAGGUGCCGUGAAGACUGAGGGCGGUGGCAGUGAGGCCCCUCCGUGUCCAGGCCCCCCCGCUGGGGAGGAGCCGGCCAUCCCUGAGGCUGCGCCUGAUGCUGGCGCCCCUACUUCAGCCAGUGGCCUCAGUGGCCACACCACCCUGUCAGGGGGUGGUGACCAAAGGGAGCCCCAGACCUUGGACAGCCAGAUCCAGGAGACAAGCAUCUAAUGAUGACAUUCUGGUCUCGUCUUCCAUCUCCCCUGUGUUCCCUCUCUUGUCUCCCCCCUUGUUACCCUCUCCCAUCCCUCCUCACGUGUCACUGCAGAUUGAGACCUACAGGCUGACGUUCCGGGCAAAUGCCAGGGCCCGCACCGACCAUGGGGCUGACAUUGUCUCCCGGCCUCCCCACUUCCCUGGUGGCCCAACCUUGGGGUCUCGGGCCCUGGGCUCCUUUUCCCGGGCUGUCUACUAGACUUAUAAGCUCUUGGGUGCUGGGCAGCCCCUUUGGGCCUCCUUCCCUCCUGCCUCGCUUGCUCCAGGCAUCGGCAGCCCUGCUGCCUUUACACCUCUUCCCACCCCUUCCUGGGCCCAGCUCCAACUGCACUAUCUCACCACUUCACCACUGCACCAUGGAGAAAGUUGGGAGUGGAUGGGAGUCUAAUGGGAUCUCUGUGGAAGGGGGAAGAGCUGGAUUCCAGCCUUGGCCGUUUGGUUUUUUUGGACCAAACCCAAAAGAAACUGACAAACCCUCCAUCUCUUCCCUGGCUCAACCUGGAGGGACUGGUAAAGGUGAGCUCCACAUGGAGAUUAGCACCUACCGACUCCCUGGCACCUAAACCACGGCCCCUCCUUGACCCCACGGUGGAGGCCACCAUGUAGGCAGGAAAGGCCCUUUUGCUGCCCCGUCUCAUUAGUCAGGGUUCAGUCCUCCUGUCCCCACUGCUUAUUGUAUCUAAGUAGCUGCUAUCUCACUUAAUUUUAUUUUAUUCUUUCCCCUUCCAAUAACCUAAGAACUGGUGGUAUAGUUUGCAGGUUGAAGCCAUGUGUAAAUGAGAGUUCUCAGUAGGUGGUGAGGGAAGCAGGGAAGGAGAUCCUGAGUCUCCACUGAGGAGACUGUCAGAUAUUAGGGGGUUGCCCUACUCUGGGCAGCUUGGGCCCUGUGGGAAGAAGUAGGACUGUUGCCUGGUGAAGUCAGACAGCUAGGGCGGGCCAGUGUGACUCCUUGUGUUGGCAUUGUGUAUAUGCUGCUUUUCUAACCAAGAGGCUGGUUUUGGCAUCUAUCUCAUUCCCGGGAAUCCGGUGGUUAAUGUGUGAUACAAAACCAGGGCUAGAGAAACAGAAAUGAAGGUCAAAAAUCCCUGGCCUGUGCCUGCAGGCCAUGGCACCCAAGUCCUCAUAUCUAGGGGAACCUCAGAGGUCCAGAACACUUGUGAACAGUGGGGAAUCAGGUGUGAAAAUUUAAAACUAAAAUGCAUGAGACUGAGGCCAUCCCACUUUUCUUCUGGUGUGACUGGAGAGGAGGAGCAGGAGAGGCCAGCCAUGGUCGUGCGGCCAUCCCAGCCUGGUCUGCUCAUGGAUGGGUUGGCUGCAAUGUUGAGAAAAUCCUGGGAAUUUUAUCAACACAAGAUUCUUAUUGCACUUGUAUUUUUUGUAUUAAAGUUUGCAUGGUUUCUAAUAAAGGAUUCAAACCUAA